AUGCUUCAGUGUGCCAGCUGUGAAAAACCUAUUCUCGAUAGGUUCUUGCUCAAAGUUUUGGACAGACCGUGGCACAUCAAAUGCGUCCAGUGCUGCGACUGCAAAUGUAGUUUGACAGAGAAGUGUUUUUCUCGAGAAGGGAAACUGUAUUGCAAGAAUGAUUUCUUUAGGAAAUUUGGAACCAAGUGCGCUGGAUGCGCGCAGGGGAUUUUACCCAGUGAUCUAGUCCGCAGAGCCAAGAGCAAAGUGUUUCACCUGAACUGUUUCACCUGUGUGAUGUGUAACAAACAGCUGUCCACCGGAGAGGAACUGUAUAUUCUGGACGAAUUCAAGUUCGUUUGCAAAGAGGACUAUGAAAACAACUCUGGGAAAGACACAAUCCUCCUUUCAGUGACAACGUGCAGCGACCCAAGUCUGUCUCCGGACUCUCAGGACCCGCAGGACGAUGGGAAGGAGUCAGAAAACGGGCAUUUAUCGGAUAAAGACACGUGCAGCAACGAGAACGACGAGCAGAGCGCCGUCGGAAAACGACGCGGGCCUCGGACCACUAUAAAAGCCAAGCAGCUGGAGACCCUGAAAGCGGCUUUCGCGGCCACACCGAAGCCCACCAGGCACAUCAGAGAGCAGCUGUCACGGGAGACGGGUCUCAACAUGAGAGUCAUCCAGGUUUGGUUCCAAAAUCGGAGGUCUAAAGAGAGACGUAUGAAACAGCUGAGCGCUCUAAGCGCUCGGAGACACGUGUUUUUCCGCAACCCGAGAAGAAUGAGAGGCCUGGGAGAGAGAGUGGAACCAGGAGAGCUUGGACACUUUUCUUAUUAUGGAGAAUAUCCUGGUGAAUACUAUGGCUCAGGAGGGAAUUAUGAGUACUUUCAAGGCCCACCAUUAUCGCAAGCACAGACUCCAGCAGACCUGGGCUUUGUGCCCUCCACAGUCCCGGCUGGCACCCCGCUAGGAGCCAUGGACCACCAUCAUCCUGGGCACCACUGUCCCGGAGAGGUUCAGUGUUUCUCUGAUACAUUAUCUCAUCAUCCUGUGGACUCACCCAGUCCGGAGCCCAAUGGACCAAGUUCAAUUCACAGCAUCUCCAGUGAAAUGUGUGGCCCCAGCACGCCCUUCACCACUGUUUCUCUCAGUGACAACGGAUACACCAACCAGCUGUCACAGCCCUCUUCAGAAAUGAGUGAAGGCACUGUUUGGUAA